UUGCUCACGUUUUGGAAGUGCCGACAAAGCGUAUUGCUUUAUUUGGUCGGAUAUCAUUAUAUCGAUUUCGAUGGGUGACGUUUUUUUACUGAGCGCCGAGCGCCGAUUGCUCUUCAGAUCAGUGAUUGCAUCAAGCCAUAAUGUAUUCCGAAUACGAAGGACAAUGCUCUAAUAGGCGUUGCCCGUCCCCGCUGUGAGGCCGGCCAUGGUUUGCAAGGCUCAGCCACUCAGGCGGGCAAGGCUAGUACUCACAGGACCAAGAAAACGCCAUCACUGCUAAUUCUGAACGCACAUGGCGAUUGCCGUGAAUCGUAUACCCGGGGACUCUUUUAAUCGGUCUCGAGCGGGAGGCACGACCGACUCAUCCUCACAGGUUUCUCGUGCACCAUCCCUUCGCAGACACCCAUCCCACACUGCGCAAGCUAUAUAGCGAUCUUUCUUCGGCAGCAUGGCUCUGGGCCUCACUCACGACUCUCCGAGGAUCUCCGUGGAUAUGCAAGACAUCGUCGAGCGCUGGCUGCGCCAGUUUGCUACCGCUGCCUCCUCGGGAGAUGUUGCGGCGACCAUGAAGACCUUCGUUCCCAACGGCUGGCUUCGCGACGCUCUCAUCUUCACGUGGGACACGCGCUCUCUGGAGGGACAUGCCAAGAUCACCGCGUAUCUCGCUGACACGCUCUCCAACGCCCAUCUCUCCGGCUUCAAGCUCGACGAGCGGGUGUGGGUUCGCCCACAACGAGUGCUGGACGGCGCUGGAAUCGGUGCAGGGUUCGUGUUCGAGACUCCUCGUGCACGCGGUCGGGGUUAUGUGCACCUGAUAGAGGAGACCGAUGAAGGGGUUGAAAAGAGCCAGGACGAACUUAGCUGGAAAGCACUUUCGGUUUUUAUGAUGCUGGACGAGAUCAAGGGCCAUGAAGAGAGCGGCCGUGAGUCAGGCGUGUAUGGCGGCCAUACCCUGUCCUGGGAGGAGGUAUUCGGUGCACGACGUGCGAAGAUCGAGGCAGACCCACAUGUGAUCAUCGUGGGGGGUGGGCAGACAGGAUUGCAGAUCGCGGCACGCUUCGCAAAGAUGAAUAUUUCGGCGAUUGUCGUGGAACGGAACAAGAACGUUGGUGACCAGUGGAGGCAGCGAUAUCCAACGCUAUCGCUGAAUACGCCGCGAAAUCACCACACUUUCCUGUACCAGUCAUAUCCGGUCAAUUGGCCAGAGUUUACUCCCAAGGACAAACUCGCGAACUGGCUUGAGCAGUACGCCGUGUCGCAAGACCUGAUAGUCUGGACGAACUCGCAGAUAGCUUCCACGCCACGCCCGACUUACGAUGCUGCUAGUAAAAGGUGGGCGGUCACCGUCAACCGCAAUGGCAAUCCUGUCGAGCUGCGCCCAAGGCACAUCGUGAUUGCGAUCGGCAUGCUCGGCGAGGCGCGCAUACCCACGAUCCCCGGUCGAGACGCAUUUGUAGGGACCGUUCUGCACGCUAGCAGAUACGGAGGAGGGCAGCCUUACGCAGGCAAACACGCGAUUGUCGUAGGAGCAGGAAACACCGCCGCAGACCUCUGCCAGGAUCUCGCCUUUCACGGCGCACAGGUCACAAUGAUCCAGCGAUCAUCAACUUGCGUGCGAUCGAUAACGGCAGUCGAAGAGGAGAUGAACAGAGCCUACCCCAGCGAUGUCCCUCUGGAAGUUUCAGACUUCAAACUCGCCGCAAUGCCCUUGGGUUUGUUGAGGAUCUUCGCGAGGCAGAGGACGGCACAGAUGUGGGAGGAGGAGAAAAAUCUGCACGCAAAGCUGAGGAAGGGCGGUGUGAGGCUUAACAUGGGAACGGACGACUCAGGACAGUUCUUCUUAAGAGCUGAACGCGCAGGAGGAUACUGGCACGAUGUCGGUGUCGCCGAUAUGAUCGAGUCAGGACAAGUGAAGGUGAAGACCGGCGUGGAGCUAGAGCAGUUCCUCGAGAAGGAGGUCGUCUUCACCGAUGGAACAACGUUGCCUGCCGACGUAGUGGUUUAUGCUACGGGAUACAUUGAUCCACGCGAGAGUUUGAAAGACACCUUCGGUGCCGAUGUCAUUGAACAGACGAGCUUAUUGUGGGGUCUCGAUGAGGAAAACGAGAUCAAGGGAAGUUUCAAGCGUAGCGGAUACCCAGGACUGUGGUACGGUGCGGGCGACUUCGCCACGGGCAGGUUCCUAUCCAAGCAAUUGGCUUUGCAAAUCAAGGCUAUAGAACUUGGCAUGAUGGACUGAGGUCCUUGCCCGCCGAUGUUGAUCUACAUGGCCGGAUUCUUCAUCCUGCGAGAGAAUUUGCUAGAAGGAGUAACGGGAGGUGCCUUUGGAGGUAUACCUAGCGAUGUUUCUUCGCAUAGUAGGUAUUGCGGGAGGAUACGAAAGAGCAUCGGUACUGUACCAUAUCCGUGUGUCUGAUUGCGAAUGGGCGGGAUUCGCAUUCACUACAUGUAUUGUUCUCUCGGUCGAGAGUGCAGAGCAAAUGGCACACGUCAGCGAGGACC